AAUAUUCAUGAGCUGCUAUCGGGGCUUUAAGUCGUUGAUUAGGACAGCGGCACAGCUUUUCGUCUCAACUGCCUGGCUGACUGGCUGUGUGUGUGUCUAUAGCCCCCUCUCACUGGCUCUCACAUACACACCGCACACACACGCUCCCUCACAUCUACGCACACGCAGAGCUGAUCAGUGCAGGCAGCGCAGAGCCUGGUAAUUGUAUUGCUCCCUCCAAGUGGAAGGAAGGACCGAGAGAGAGGAAGACCAGAGAAAGAAGAGGAGGAGAGAGAGGAGAGAUAUAAAAACUUUGAAUAUUUCCAAUUUUUUUUUGCCGUUUCCACGGAGGAGGUUGACAUGACAAUGAACCGUUAUCGCCGAUGGAUUCGGUAGGACACCCGUUAUCUGAGUGUUUCUUAAUGCACUCUGAACAAGAGUAGAAUGAACUUAUCGAAGGGGCCAUUGGUGAACAGCAGCAGUGAAGAUAAUUCCAAGUCAACUUAUGGUAAAUGCGGCGCUGGCGCCUGGAGGAUGCACCAGAGCUACGAUCCACUGGAGGCCAACCACAUGAGAGACGCACAUGCCCUCUACAACCCCAGGCUUCUCUGCAGAAUGUCCAGUAAGGAGCGACACCUAGAAUCCAAUUGUCCGUCCUCUUAUAUAAAGACUGAGCCGUCUAGUCCUGCCUCCCUGACUGACAGUCUAAACCAUCACUCCCCUGGUGGCUCCAGUGACGCCUCAGGCUCAUAUUCAUCCACAAUGAACGGCCACCCCAACGGCUUAGACUCCCCAAGUCUUUAUGGCUCCAAUGCAGGGCCCCUCGGACCUGCUGGUGGCCCUGGAUCAAAGCGUUACGAGGACUGUUCAUCAACUAUUGGGGAAGAUUCGCAAAUUAAGUGCGAGUACAUGUUGAAUUCCAUGCCCAAGAGGUUGUGUCUGGUGUGUGGGGACAUUGCGUCAGGUUACCACUAUGGCGUGGCAUCCUGUGAGGCCUGCAAGGCCUUCUUCAAACGCACCAUUCAAGGCAACAUUGAAUACAGCUGUCCAGCCACCAAUGAGUGUGAGAUCACCAAGAGGAGACGCAAGUCAUGCCAGGCCUGCCGCUUCAUGAAGUGUCUGACUGUGGGCAUGCUGAGGGAGGGUAAGGGAAAAGGUGUUCGUCUGGACAGGGUUCGUGGUGGAAGACAGAAGUAUAAACGCCGGAUAGAUGCAGACAACAGCCCAUACCUGAACCCACAGCUGGCUCUGCCCCCUAAGAAGCCAUUUGCCUUUGGCUGCCUUGCAGAUAACAAAAUCGUCUCUCACCUGCUGGUGGCCGAGCCAGAGAAGAUUUACGCUAUGCCUGACCCAACAGUACCCGACAGCGACAUCAAGGCCCUGACUACGCUGUGUGACCUGGCGGACAGAGAGCUAGUGGUCAACAUCGGUUGGGCCAAACACAUCCCAGGUUUCUCCACGCUGUCUUUGGCAGACCAGAUGAGUCUACUGCAGAGUGCAUGGAUGGAGAUCUUGAUUCUGCGUGUUGUGUAUCGUUCACUGUCUUUUGAAGACAAGUUGGUGUACGCUGAGGACUACAUAAUGGACGAGGACCAGUCGAAGCUCGCUGGACUUCUGGACCUGAACAAUGCCAUCCUUCAGCUGGUCAAGAAAUACAAAGCUAUGAAACUAGAGAAGGAGGAAUUCGUCACUCUCAAAGCCAUUGCUUUGGCUAACUCAGACUCCAUGCACAUUGAAGAUGUGGAUGCAGUGCAGAAGCUCCAGGAUGUGCUCCAUGAGGCCCUGCAGGACUAUGAAGCUUCCCAGCAUCAGGAGGAUCCCCGCCGGGCGGGCAAGCUGCUCAUGACCCUCCCCCUGCUCCGCCAGACCUCCACCAAGGCCGUGCAGCACUUCUACAGCAUCAAGCAGGAUGGCAAAGUCCCAAUGCACAAACUCUUCUUGGAGCUGCUGGAAGCCAAGGUCUGAGGACAAGGGAUAGAUGAAAGGACAGCUAGACGCCAGUCUGAACCACUUGAGCUGCAACUCAAACUGAACAACUCUGAAUGACCUCUUGCUCUUUUACACACACGCACACACACACACUCUCUCUCACACCCACACACGCACACACACACAGAAAUAUGUCCCUGAAGUUUGUCUGCUGACAAAUCCCCCUAUGAAUAAAGAAGCUAUCUAAACCUCCUACCUGAACCCUAAACCACCACUGUCUUUGACAAAAAGACACUCACUUGAUCAUCCGUUUGGGGGGCGCUGUGGCCACACUGACAUAACCCCACUGUUAGCAAGGGAACAUAUUUCCUAACAAUUACUUAACAGCAGUUACCACGGUGAAUCCCAACGCUGACAAUGGCAAAACACUUAUGCAUUUAAUAACGAUUAAGAUGUUAUUAAUGACAAAUGCUUAAAUGAGGACAUAUUUAAAAGAAACUGAAAACUCUUCAUUUUAGCUCUGAGAGACUGUAAGACUGCACUCGUGUCUCCUUUCCCCUCACCGUUUCCCCCAACAGAGUUUUUUAAGUGUUCACGAAGAGAACGAGUGGGGGGAAAAAAAAGAACACCGAGGAAAUAUUAAUGACGUUUGUUGUCAAAGUACAUGUACAAUGAAACUUGGAUGGAUGAACAGAAAGAAAAGAAGAGGAGAUUUGCCCUGCCAAAGAAUGGAACCAUCCAUUCAGAGGAUGCCAGCAAACUUAACUGUCAUAACCCAAAACUGUUUCUGGAUUGAGCCACCAGUGGCUUUCAGUCCUGGGCCUCAAGAGUACCGCUGGUUCUCCGGUCUAACAGUUAUUUAAGAAUUUUUCUGCUAAUUAUGAAAACCAGCAGGGCUCAGAAUUUCAAGGACCAGGAUUGGAAACAACUGCGGUAAACACUUUACAGUUCUCCCUAAAUUCAGCUCCUGGUUUCCCAUGACUCCCCUAUGUCAACUACAACUUUACUAUUUGUUGUAUUUGCUGAGGACCGGUGAUCCUGGCCUCCCAAACCUGUCAGUAUUACCAUAUUAUCAGUGUUUGUACACUUGAUGAAGCUAAAAACGGUUUCAAAUAUUCUAGCCACUCGAGGUGUGGUUGAUUGACAGUAGAAAUAUUACUUUUUAUUUGCUUCUAUCAAAGCAAAACUUGAUCUAUAUUGUCAAGAAUGGAUUCCUGCUUGGCUAACAGACAGAUAAUGUUCACAUUCUCUGUGAUAUUAUAUGCUCUGUCAAACCCCCCUCCUGUGUUUGCAUGUCUAUUUGAAACAUUUUUAGCUGCCUAGCGGCCCAGGUUUGCAGCUCUCCACGUACCAGUCAGUAGAGAUUUCAGUCUGUCAAUGUGCUAUAAUGAAUAGUCCAGCCCAUGCUCAUUACCCACACUCCAAAAACUACCAAGUUUCACCUCAGUACUACCCUCCUCGCCCCGUUGUGUUCACAACUUCCAGCUCGUCUCUUGCGUCAGUACAGAGAUAUCUUUGUGAUUCAUUCAGGGAGUGCAGGGGGAGCUUCAGUCAUCUAAAUGCAAUACAAACCAGAAGGAAAGGUGUGCUGACAAAACUGACUGAAGAACAACUGCUGUUGCUUUGAAACUCCUCGACUUUUUUCUUAAUUUCUACCUUGAAAAUAAUCUUAGCGGUGAUACCAAUAUUAGGGUUGUAAAUAAUUGUCAUCCUGUAUAUGACAUAUAACAUGGCUUUGUUUUUGUUAUUAAUAUUGUCUUCUUAAAACUGAAUCAAUCAAUAUGUCUUUCCUUUUUUCUAUCAGCUUGACCACUUUCAGCAAUUAUCAUAUAUAUAUAAAAAUAUAACAAGUAAUAAUGUAUUAACAAAUCAGCGUUUAUCUUAGAAACUCGGAGCAAUAGUGGUUUUUAAAGGAAGGGUUUGUGCAUAUGGACUAAGUCUGCAAUAUUAACAUUACGUGCCAGUCUUAAAUUUGGGAGAGAGAGGACGAGGAUUUGGAGGAGAAUUUGUAGCUUCUCUUUUUCUCUGUGUAACUUGCCAUAAGCUAUUAGAUAACAGUCAACAUUUCCUUUGUUAGUGACGUAUAGGCAGGAAAAAUACAGACUAGGAAUGUCGGGAUGUGAUGUUACUGCUGAUUUCACAUAAAAGCUGUGUGAAAAAAUGCUGGGUGAGUGGGUUAAAGAAGCAGCUACAAACAAAAACGUCACAUGUUCUGAGGUUUGCACCUUUCUUGUGACCAAGUUCUUUUCAUCGGUCACAUUUAACGUCAUUUAAGAAAAAGACCCUUCUUUGUUUAAAACCAACAGCUCAACACAACACAGUUUUUGCUCAUUUGCACCUGAUGGUGUAAAAUUGUUUUGGCCAUGCGACCCAAAGCGGGGACCAUCGGAAAUAACCUGGUGAAAUCUACAGUAGAUGGGUGCGGAGGAAAAUCAAAAUAUCAACCAAACCAAAUGACGUGGCACUGGCUGCUUCCUGUUAGCUUGCUACCCGCUUUCCUGUUGUUACACUUCAAGAAAAAUUAAGCCUUGUAACUGUUAAGCCGUUGAUUCUAUAUUCCAUUUACCAUCUAAACAACUACAAAUAUUUUUUAAAAAGAGGCUCACAGACUAAGUUGCAUUUUACUGAUAUUCCUAAACUCAAAUAUGAUCUUGUUAGCUACCUAGCUAGCUGGUAGCUAACAAGCAGCUCCGUUUGUUUAGAGUGAACAGGUGACAUGCAGCGGAGUCAUUUAGAAUGUGACUUUAAUUAAGUGUAACAGACUUUAAAAUGAUGAUCGUUUUAUUUGACAGUGAUUUGGAGUCAUUUGUUAACCGUCAACACCAACACGGUUGCUCGUUAAAAUUCAAAUGGUUUCUCUAGAAAUCAGGAAAAGCUGAGCUGACAGGAAGCUGUCUUCCACAGUCAAACGAAGAGACGCUGAUUUCAUUCUUAUAGCAAGAUUGUAUACUGUGUGGUUGACUGAUCACAGCUUUAACAGGUAGACAGUUGAGGGGUGUUUUUUUUCUGUCUUUGAUUUAUGUAAUUUCUAAAGCCGAAUAAGAAUGCCAAAAUGUGUAAUCUAGAUGACAGUGUAAUCUAAUAUAAAAUGGCAACUUGUCACAGCUGAGGAGUGCGGCAGUUUAAGUGUAGUUGAUCUCUAACAUCACAUGCUCUGUAUCAAACAUCAGUAUUAUUAGUAAGGGGUAUUUUCUCAGCCUUCUUAAACAUUGUAUAUUGUAAAUUAUACAGAUUAUAAUUCUAACAUAAGACAUUUUAUUGGAAACAAAAUCCAGAAAAAAAAGAAAAAAAAUGUAGUUCAGCCUGUGUGUUUCAUGUUUGCUGUUUUUUCUAUCAAGAAAAGAAACUCUUUCUUUGGUUUUAUCUGUUUUUUUUUUGUUUUGUUCCGUUUUAAAGUCCUCUUUCUGUUUGAUCCUUUCCUCCUCUGUUGAGUCCUCUAAGGCGUUGCUGUGUAAUUUUUUCUUGUGGUGAUUCCCGUUCUUGUGCCGUGUGCUUCUUCUUUAGACAACACAGAGUAGAGUAGAGGCCAUGUUGUCUGUCUGUCUGUCGGAUCAGUCCGCUGGGGGUCUGGGCACCGGAUUCUCUCUCAAUGAACCGAACCGGAUAUAAGGCUCUUCUUCUAGAAACUUAACUAGACCACCAGGAUCAAAUUACAGUAUUCAUCUUUACCAAACUAUACAUAAAUAAUUAAAUAUUUAGUAUCUAAAUGAAGAAACACCUUAACAAGUAUUUAAAAAGGGAUCCUUUGUGUAACUUUCCUGUAGAAUAAACAAUAUACUGUAUAUCUUUAGGUUAAAUAAUGCUGAAAUGAAAAGGACAUUUGAGUAAUUCAGAACUGUAGGUGACUCUUUUUUUGAUAAACUCGCUGUACAUAACUGCCUUCCAUACAGCUCAGCUCAGUCAUUAUCUUUACCGUUUCAGCAGGCAAAAAGAGAAAAUAUGAAGAUGAGAAACUUUCUUUUAUCCCCCCCCCUUUUCAGCUUAUUUCCUGGAAGAUAUCUUGCUUUACAACAAACCGUGAAAAGCUUUGGUGUGAGUUGAUGGGGAAGAAAUGUCAAAGAAAAUGCUCGACAUGUUUAAUUUGCACUUGCUGUUUUUUGUACACUUUACAUUCAUCCAUUACGGGGACAUGAGUCCACAUUCUGGUAAAAUUGAGCCGCAAAAUUAAACAGUUAAGUUCAAAUUUUUACCAACUUUGAAUGAACAUUUUCUUACUGUUCCUCAUGAUGCAGAUUUCUAGAUUCAGAUGCUGCGCUGUGAACACCAUAAAUUCAAAUAUUCUAGGGUUCAUCGAAGGUCUUAAACGCAGACAUUUGUUGUUUUUAGAGGGGAAAUAUACAGACAAAAUAUUUCACAGGUGCACGUGAGAUAUUUGUAGAUCAAGCUCCCAAUGACGAAGAUGAAUUUCCUAUUUUGAUUGUAACUUAGAACACUGUCAGAAAGACGGUAUUUAUUACCAUCCACUGUACAUUAAUCUUCACAACUUAUGAAAGAAAGGUGCUCUUCUCUCUAACUCUGUUGUCAGUUGUCGAACCGAUCCUGUAUACGAAACAGUUUGACACGGUGAAAGAUGUGACGCGGUCUCCCUGAGGUGAUUAACGCUGAGCUGAAUCUGGCUAAUAGUUGUGUUUGAAAUUGGACUUGGAAAUGGUUCCCAGAGGUGCCCCUUUGUCUUGCUAGCUGGGGCCUUUUCAGACGCCUGAAAAGAAAAAUCUGACCAGCAGAAAUCAGAAGGGAGAUUGUGUGAAUCUUUCCGAGGUUUUGAUGUAACUUGCUGCUCAUAGCCACAGUGUUAUUCAGAUGUACAGGAUGAAGGGUUUUACCUUGUUUUUUUUCUUGUUAAAAAGCAAUAUUUUAAAGACAGUACAAUGAUGAGGCAAGAGUUGCACAAGUUUGUGUUGGGUUAUAGAUCCACAUGCUGAUGGAUCUAUUAGAAUGAUUCUGCAGUUGGUGUUAAAGUCACAUAAAUAACAACAAACAAAGCUGGUAUUUCCAUGAGGAGCAGUGGAAGAAGGACUGUCUGGGUUUUUUGUUUUGUUUUUUUGCAGAGUUUGACCUAGAUGCACUUUGGGCAUCAUGUUGUUGGGUCAUUUGGAUCCAUUAGUGACAAACACUCCAUGUAACAAUAGUUUAGUUGGAGCAGAAGGACAAGUUAUUGAGCCAUAGUGACAAAACCGGAUUGUCCAUCUUCCAUAGCUGCCCCUGAAAACUGCUAAGGCCAAACUGUGUCUAUCUACAGCUCAGCAGUGUUUAGUCACUUAGUUGUAUUUAAUCCCCAAAUGUAACUGCCACUCGUGCUGCAGGCUUCCCCUGCAGUCUGAAUUUGCGAAUAUGAAGGAAAUAUUUAAGGAGAGUCAAAGUUUGGGAACAUUUGGAUUCAAGGGAUAUUUAAAGAUUUUUUAAAAAACACCCUGGAGCGGUGGAGAAGAGUUGUGGACGAGAGAAGACCCUGUAGUGUUAUUAAAACAUGUCCGUAGAUUUUAGAUGUGCUUCACAUCAGUAAAUGAAAAAAAAAAAGAUAAACAAUUACCUGUAUAUUUUUGUGACGUGUAUCAUACAAGUGUGCUGCAACAAUAAUGUCCAUUUGUGUAAAUGUAUUUAUUUCACAUUGUAUAUAUUGUUCAAUGCAAAAAGAGAGACCUAUGAUUCUGUAACUUAAACUACUAUGGGUUGAAACAUUACAUGUGUUACUCCAGACUAUGCCUUUCAGGAUUAUUACAGUAGAGCAAUAUCAAUUAAAACCAGGCUUCCAGUUUUGAAA